GAUACGAUGUAGAGAAACUCAGAUGUAGACGACCUCGGGCCGAGCUGAAAGCUUCCUAUUUCAAAGCUCCACGAUGCCGACUCGCCUGCUUUUACUUCUCUGUCUGACUGGACAUGUGUUUGCCAAGAAACCACCAGAUGUAGACUGUUACGUGGUGCAUUUGGAAUAUGUUCACUGUACCUGGAACAAGCAGGGGACUCCAGAGGUCAACUACACCUUCCACGGCAGGUUCGGAUCUAACGCCUGGCGUGAGUGCACCACGUAUCUGUCAGAGAACGGUACAAUCACUGGAUGUAACCAUCCCUAUCAGAACAGAAACGACAGGUUUGGUCCAUUUAACACCAAACUGCAACAUGGCAGCGACAAAUCUGAGAUGCAGCAUGAGCUUAAAGAGAAAGUCAAGUUAUAUCCACCAACCAACCUGACUGUCAAGCUUGGAUCUGACAGUAACCUGUGGUUCUACUGGAACCAGAGUUAUUCAGGCUGUGUGGAGAGUGAAGUCCGCUACAGGAUCAAUAACAAGACCUGGAAUUCAGAUCCUGUCAGUACUGGGAUUAAGUACUACUGCAUCAACUUGCCCUCCGACAGUUCACUUUAUGAGGUUCAGGUCCGGAGCAAAUAUGGGAGAGACUGUGGAGGAUCUCAAAUUUGGAGCGAGUGGAGUCAGCCUGUGGCCUGGGGAGCCAACAACAGCACAGACAAAUCAAAACCAAAGGACACCUCGAUAUCUGCGUGGACCCCGGUGAUGUACGUGUUGGGCGCUCUCACCCUCAUCCUAAUGGUCAUGAUGCUGCUGCACUAUGAAAGGGUCAGAAUCAGGCUGAUGCCGGUGGUCCUCACGCCGAAAUUAGAUAAGGAAUGGUUCUCCAGGUCCGACUGCCCGAAGCCUGAAAAUUUUUACCCUGACUACAUCGAGCGGGUCUGUCCCGUCCGCGACUACGCUCUUGUCUCCCAGUCCAGCAGCGACAGCUCCGACUGCUCCACCUCCUCCGUCACCACCGAUCAAACCGACUGCUCCAUCUCCAUGCCUUUGGACGGGUCAGACCUGUCUACCUCCUGCUCCUCGUCCACCUCCACGGUGUCCGUCUCAUCUGAGGGGCCGGAGAAGGUUUCUGUGUAGGAAGCUGCUCGGGCACGUUUGGGUUUCACCAAAGAUUC